UUCUAGAACGUUGCUGUGGUAGCGCUCGGGCGCCAUGUUAGGACGAAGGGGAAGGAGGAGAAGCGCUUAAAGCGGCGGGAGCGGGUGCGGGAGUGGGGUUGGACCCAGGGCUGAGGCAGGCCCCCCCCUCCCUCCCGCCUCAGUGGAUCAUGCCCAGGGUGGCAGCGGCGGCGGUAGCGGGGGGGAAGUGACUGGGCGGUGCCGGCGUAGGAGACGAUGCCGUUUCCAGUUACAACACAGGGAUCACAACAAACACAGCCGCCACAGAAGCACUAUGGCAUUACUUCUCCUAUCAGCUUAGCAGCCCCCAAGGAGACUGACUGCAUACUUACACAGAAACUUAUUGAGACUCUGAAGCCUUUUGGGGUUUUUGAAGAAGAAGAGGAACUGCAGCGCAGGAUUUUAAUUUUGGGAAAAUUAAAUAACCUGGUAAAAGAGUGGAUUCGAGAAAUCAGUGAAAGCAAGAAUCUUCCACAGUCUGUAAUUGAAAAUGUUGGAGGAAAAAUUUUUACUUUUGGAUCUUACAGGUUAGGAGUACAUACAAAAGGUGCUGAUAUUGAUGCAUUGUGUGUUGCACCAAGACACGUUGAUCGAAGUGACUUUUUCACCUCAUUCUAUGAUAAGUUGAAAUUACAGGAAGAAGUAAAAGAUUUAAGAGCUGUGGAAGAGGCAUUUGUACCAGUUAUCAAACUCUGUUUUGAUGGGAUAGAGAUUGAUAUUUUGUUUGCAAGAUUAGCAUUGCAGACUAUUCCAGAAGAUUUGGAUCUACGAGAUGAUAGUCUACUUAAAAAUUUAGAUAUAAGAUGCAUAAGAAGUCUUAACGGUUGCAGGGUAACCGAUGAAAUUUUACAUCUAGUACCAAACAUUGACAACUUCAGGUUAACUCUGAGAGCUAUCAAACUAUGGGCUAAACGCCACAACAUCUAUUCCAAUAUAUUAGGUUUCCUCGGUGGUGUUUCCUGGGCUAUGCUAGUAGCAAGAACUUGCCAGCUUUAUCCAAAUGCAAUAGCAUCAACUCUUGUACAUAAAUUUUUCUUGGUAUUUUCUAAAUGGGAAUGGCCAAAUCCAGUGCUAUUGAAACAGCCUGAAGAAUGCAAUCUUAAUUUGCCUGUAUGGGACCCAAGGGUAAACCCCAGUGAUAGGUACCAUCUUAUGCCUAUAAUUACACCAGCAUACCCACAACAGAACUCCACGUACAAUGUGUCCGUUUCAACACGGAUGGUCAUGGUUGAGGAGUUUAAACAAGGUCUUGCUAUCACAGAUGAAAUUUUGCUGAGUAAGGCAGAGUGGUCCAAACUUUUUGAAGCUCCAAACUUCUUUCAAAAGUACAAGCAUUAUAUUGUACUUCUAGCAAGUGCACCAACAGAAAAACAACGCCUAGAAUGGGUGGGCUUGGUGGAAUCAAAAAUUCGAAUCCUAGUUGGAAGCUUGGAAAAAAAUGAAUUUAUUACACUGGCUCAUGUCAAUCCCCAGUCAUUUCCGGCACCUAAAGAAAAUCCUGACAAGGUCCUUUAUAUAGGGCAUUUUUGCUGGUUUGAUUGCUGCUGUUACUAUUGCUUAAGGGAAGAAUUUCGCACAAUGUGGGUGAUUGGGUUAGUGUUUAAAAAAACAGAAAACUCUGAAAACCUGAGUGUUGAUCUCACCUAUGAUAUUCAGUCUUUCACAGACACAGUUUAUAGGCAAGCAAUAAACAGCAAGAUGUUUGAGGUGGAUAUGAAAAUUGCUGCAAUGCAUGUAAAAAGAAAGCAACUCCAUCAACUACUACCUAAUCAUGUGCUUCAGAAAAAAAAAAAGCAUUCAACAGAAGGUGUCAGAUUGACAGCUCUGAAUGACAGCAGCCUUGACUUGUCUAUGGACAGUGAUAACAGCAUGUCUGUGCCUUCACCUACUAGUGCUAUGAAGACCAGUCCAUUGAAUAGUUCUGGCAGCUCUCAGGGCAGAAACAGUCCUGCUCCAGCUGUAACAGCAGCAUCUGUGACCAAUACACAGACUAAUGAAGUUUCUGUGCCACAAGUAAAUUCCAGUGAAAGCUCAGGGGGUACAUCGAGUGAAAGCAUUCCUCAAACUGCCACACAACCAGCCAUUUCUCCACCACCAAAGCCUACGGUCUCCAGAGUUGUUUGUUCAACACGUCUGGUAAAUCCACCACCACCUAGACCUUCAGGAAAUGCAGCAACAAAAGUACCUAAUCCUAUAGUGGGAGUCAAGAGGACCUCUUCACCUCAUAAAGAAGAGAGUCCCAAGAAAACCAAAACAGAAGAGGAUGAAACAAGCGAAGAUGCUAACUGUCUUGCUUUGAGUGGACAUGAUAAAACAGAAACAAAGGAACAACUUGAUACAGAGACAAGUACAACUCAAUCAGAAACUAUUCAGACAGCGGCUUCUCUGUUGGCCUCUCAGAAAACAUCCAGUACAGACCUUUCUGAUAUCCCUGCUCUCCCUGCAAAUCCUAUUCCUGUUAUCAAGAAUUCAAUAAAACUGAGAUUGAAUCGGUAAAAACAACCUCAGGGGUCCAUAAACAAUAUCUGCCAACUCAACCUGUUGUCUUCAAAUGCUAAAAAAGGAGAAUGGAGGGUACAAGACUAGACAUGACUGAAAAAUGGAUUUGGGUUUUUUUGGUGACCUCCCUUACUGGGCUAAUCAGCACUUGAUCGGAAGUCCAGGUUAGUAUGUGAAGCCAGGAGUACUAUUAUUAUUGUGUUAGCAACAGUUGCAUUAACAAUUUCAAAAAAUUACUGCCUUUAUAAAAAAGAAAAACAAACAAAAAUAAACCACCUCAAACUAUGUUUGUAUCCAUAAUUGACAUCUGGAUUGAGUUUACGUUUGCAUUGUUCAGAAAAUUUGCAAACCGGCAUAAGAAUUACUUAUUCUGAUGAUGCACUUUUAUGUAUUUUUUAUUAGAAAGUAGAACUAAUUUUAGAUUUUCAGCUUGAUGGAUUUUCAUUUUUUUCUGAAGAAUUUCCUACAGUCUUCAAAUUGGAUACCAUGUGCAGUGGUGUCCUGUUAUACUUCAGAGAAAGGAUAAGAGAACAUCUAGUUCAGUCUUUAUGAGGUAGCUGUAACCUUUAAAAAGGAAAUGUCAACUCUAGGGUACAUUUGACAUUGAAAGAAUAAUUAGGAAAUACUUGGUUUUGAUGGGGUCAUGAUUAAGAAAUGAUAUAUUGGUUUUAUUUAUAGAAUUAUUUUAUAGUGCAUACAAAUCAGCGAUCAGCCAGCAAAUAUUUUUCUUUGAGCUAUGGAAGCUCUGUAUUCUUUUGUCUUCAUUGUCUUCGAAACAAACAAAAAAAAAACUUUAUGCACCUCCCCUUCCUAUGUUUUCUUCUUUUUUCUUUUUUCCUGUCUGCACAAGGCAGGACUUAUUUCCUAAGAAACAAAAUGCCAGUAUUUUUUUAAGCCAUGUUAUAAAACCAAUGACCCUGUGACCACAUGGCACAGAAAACUUAAAUUUUGGUCCCAUGGCUGAAACUUUAGGGUGACUAAAAGUAAUGCCUGUGAAACAUGAUAUCUAUCUUGGAUGGCCGUUUGAUCUCUAAAUAAGAAGAAUUUUGUACACUCCACAGAACUACUGUCUGUAGUAAAAUUGAUUUUCAUUUUUAAACAUGUGAGCAAAAAGGCAUUUUCUCCAGGAUUUUAAAAAUAAUUUUUAUUUUUAAAUGGUUUACCGAAGUUUGUCAGUAAAUUUUACAUAUGAAAGCAUUUUAAAAAUCAUUUCUAAUAAGCACUUGACAUCUGAUCAGUUCUCUACUCCUUUUUUAUUUUAUCAAAAGAUUAGGAAGUUUUCUUGAAAGAAGGUAAUUUCUCAUAAUUAAGAAGCAAAACAUCUAUCUUUACAAAGUAGGAGGGAUACCAAAUGUUGGUAAACUUAUACUCUUUCUUAAUCUGGACAAAGUAAGGCUAACAGAUUUUUCUGAUGAGAGUGUUUAUGAAUCCUCCACUGUCCUUCAUUCUAUCACAUGUGCAUUUUUCAUGUAAAACUGCAAUUACUUAAACUCUUCCCCAUCCUUCUAAAUUAAUUUUUCGAAGUUGGAGUGUAGUAUUUCCCCCUUUAGGCUAUGCAUUAAUUGAGGCUUUCUUUUCACCAUGAUUUUAUGAUGUCUAGUACACAAUCUUUCUACUUCCCACAUUGUGCUCUGCACAGUCACCUUGCCCUUCCUCCUACCACCUAUAAGAAAAGAUGGUCAUACUAACAGGUGAAGUGUACAAGGUGUCUGUGUAUUUUGUGUAGCUUCAGAGUUAGAUUGAAAUUACCAGGCACAGAUUUAGUCUUAUCAUUUUGUUUACGCUUUGGGGAAAACAAUUCAGUUUAUUAAACGUUUCAUGUAACUGCACCCAAGUUUUGCCAAGCUGGAAACUUGGAUCUUUCUGUGUAGUGAGUUUUUAAUUCUAGUUUUCAUAACCUGGAGAUCAGACUGUUGCUUUCGCAUGAUGUAUGUAGUGUCUCAUGACUGGAGUUUGCUUUGUUUUAUAGUAUCUGUACUCCUUGUAUUUUUCAAGAGCUAUUUUGUAAACAGAUGAUGUAUUUCUCCAUUGAAAACACAAUAAAAAAAAAACAGCACAAUC